UAAGGAGGGUCACGCCCUUUGCCUGUGAUUCGCUAGUAGUUGAAUGUGACCGGAGAGUAAAUGGCGGCUGCACGGUAUCGGCGUUUUCUAAAACUAUGUGAAGAAUGGCCUGUGGACGAGACUAGGAAAGGCCGGGACCUGGGAGCCUUCCUGAGGCAGCGGGUGGCCCAGGUAUUCCGGGAAGGAGACAAUACACAGAUUCAAGAUCCAGAAGUAUGCGACCAAAUGCAUGAAAGCCUGAAUAGGAUAAACAACAAUCAUUAUAAAGAAAAGUAUCCACGACUUCAGGAUACAAGUUUUACAGAAAUCACUGCUGAGGAAUACAGAAUGGUACUUGCAACUGACAGUCUGCAACAGAUGGAUGAAAUGAAAAGAGGAAUGUGGAAGAGACUCAUGGACAAGUUUAAUGCUAAAUCCCCUCAGGAUGGAGCAAAGGAGUAACUCUUAUUGUUAUCAGAACAAUCCAUGUGCACUCCCUUCCUGAACAAACCCCACCAUCUGCUAUAUACAGUCUCUCCUAAUAAACAGACCUUUUCCUUUCCA